AUGGCUUCAGCAGCUGGAAACAAGUCGAAAGAGAUAGAAACAGAGAUUCUUCCUGCAAUCCGUGUCUACAAGGAUGGCAGGGUGGAACGCCUGAUGGGGUCUCCGAUAGUGCCAUCUUCCCUCCAAGACCCCGAAACCGGUGUCUCUUCCAAAGACAUCGUUAUCUCCCACCACCCCUCCAUCUCAGCUCGUCUAUACCUUCCCAAAUCCACCCAAUUCAAACCCAACAAGCUUCCCAUCUUGCUCUACUUCCAUGGCGGCGGAUUCGUCAUCGAAUCCGCCUUCUCCUUCCUCGACCACCGCUACCUUAACCUCAUAGUCUCCGAAGCCAACGUUGUGGCCGUGUCCGUCGAGUACAGGCUGGCGCCAGAGCACCCUCUUCCUGCCGCUUUUCACGACUGCUGGGAAGCCCUCAAUUGGGUCACUUCCCAUGCAAAUUCCAACACCACCACAGAGCCGUGGCUUCACCAUCACGCUGACUUCAAGAGAAUCUACAUAGGAGGAGACAGCGCUGGCGCUAACAUUGCCCACAACGUGGCUCUUCGCGCUGGGGUUGAAGCCUUGCAAGGGAAGGCCAAUAUAUUGGGUGCGUUCCUCUCCCACCCUUACUUCUGGGGCUCCCUCCCUGUUGGCUCUGAACCCAACGAGGGUCUAUCGCACUUGCACGCGCGGAUUUGGAACCUGGUGUACCCUACUGCGCCGGGUGGGAUCGAUGACCCUGCGCUGAAUCCGUUAGGUCCUGGUGCUCCCAGCUUGGCCACACUUGGAUGCUCCAAGUUGCUUAUUUGUGUGGCUGGGAAAGACGCGCUUAGGGAGAGAGGGGUUUGGUACUGCGAAGCUGUGAAGAAGAGUGGGUGGCAAGGUGAAGUGGAGCUGUUUGAGGUGGAAGACGAAGAUCAUGCAUUCCAUAUUUACAACACCGACACCCACAAUGCCAAACAUAUGAUAACACGCAUCGCUUCCUUUCUCGUUUGA